GGCGGUGGUGGCGGGGGGCCGGCGGGGGCGUGCUGCGCGGAGGCGCUGGCGGCGGGCGGGGUGGAGACGUUCCUGCUGGAGCGGAGCCCAGGGGGGCGAAGCCGUGCGGCGGCGCCAUCCCCCUGCCAUGCUCGACGAGUUCGCCAAUCCCCGCCUCCCUCGUCGACCGCCGCGUCACCCGCAUGCGCCUCCUCUCCCCCUCCAACCUCGCCUCCGACUUCUCCCGCCACCUCCGCCCCGCCGCCCACAUCGCCAUGCUCCGCCGCGAGGUCCUCGACUCCUUCCUCCGCUCCCGCGCCCAGUCCCAAGGCGCCCACCUCCUCCCCGCCCUCCUCACCUCCCUCUCCCUCCCCUCCUCCCCGCUCCACCCCUACCUCCUCCACUACAUCCCCUCCGGCGCCGGCGCCGGCGCCGGUCCGGCCACCUCCACCCUCGCCGUCGACGUCGUCGUCGGCGCCGACGGGGCCAACAGCCGCGUCGCGCGCUGCAUCGGCGCGGGGGACUACUCCACCGCCAUCGCCUUCCAGGAGCGCGUCCGCCUCCCCCCCGCGGGCAUGGCCGCCUACGCCGACCUCGCCGAGAUGUACGUCGGCGACGACGUGUCCCCGGACUUCUACGCCUGGGUCUUCCCCAAGUGCGACCACGUCGCCGUCGGCACCGGCACCGCCGCCGCCAAGCCCGCCAUCCGCCGCCUCCAGGCCGCGGCCCGCGCCCGCGCCGCGCCCAAGCUGGCCGGCGGCGUCGUGGUCCGCGUCGAGGCCCACCCCAUCCCCGAGCACCCGCGCCCGCGCCGCGUCGCCGGGCGCGCCGCCCUCGUGGGCGACGCGGCGGGGUACGUGGCGCGGUGCUCCGGCGAGGGCAUCUACUUCGCCGCGAAGUCGGGGCGCAUGUGCGGCGACGCGAUCGUGAGGAUCUGGAAGGAGAAGGGGAGGGUGGCGGAGGCGGACCUGAAGCGGGAGUACCUGCGCAGGUGGGACGAGGAGUUCGCGGGGACGUUCCGGUUCCUGGACGCGCUGCAGCGGGUGUUCUACGGCAGCAACGCGGCGCGGGAGGCGCUGGUGGAGCUCUGCGGCGACGAGUACGUGCAGCGGAUGACCUUCGACAGCUACCUGCACAAGAAGAUGGCCGCCGGACGCCCGCUCGACGACCUGGGCCUGCUGUGGAAGUCCGCCGGCAGUCUGCUCAGGGCCACCAUCCUGGGCAGGGAGGUGGAGCGGCUGAGGAGUCUGUAAACUCGUAGCAAGGGAAUGUCUGUGUCCUGCUGCAUGUAUGUGUUACCAUUUUCCCAAAUAAUAUUGCUCUUCGGGCUCAAUCCGUUUGAAAU